AUGACUGUGAAAUUUGUUUGGCUGGCCGGUGUUCUGACGCUGACGCUCCUCGUCAUAAUCGAGACGUCCGCCUUGAACGAAACGAGGAUCAAGAAGGAAGAUUAUCAGAGAUUGAAGACGUACGACGUUAAGGGGAAGGGGAAGAAGCUGAAGGAAACGAGGAUCAAACCAAUUUUCAAGAAGUGUCACGACGGAGAGCAUUGCUCGAUCGUGGACGAAAGCGACGAAACGCACAAGGACAGAAUAAAAAGAAACGGGAGCACGCUGAACGAGCUCGAUGAUGGGAAGAAAAACUACAAGAAGCUGAAGCUGAUUCGAACUCUCAGUGGUUUCAAGAAAUGGACGAACAAAGAACUGUCGAGCGAUCCUAACGGUGACGAGUUCGCGAGGAAAAGGAUCAAUCCGCGUCACGUGAGCUAUUUCACGAACAACGAGGAACGAACCAGUAGAUCGGAACGUUACGCGGUGACCAGGAAUUUCAAGGAUGACAAAUCGGAGUAUUAUGCGCAGCGAAAAGCGGUUAUGGACAGAUUUUACGCUCGCCAGAGAGAAAUAGCCGAAAAAUACGCGAAGAAAGUAUCCACCACUCCUAAAUACAUCUACAGAUACGAUUUGGACAAGGAGACGGACAAAAACAAUUUAUUCGUGAAGAUCAAGACAGACAAUACGGGUCAAAACGAAACUGGCAACGCGGUGAACAGCACGAGUUACGAUCUCGAGACGACUACUUUCGCGACUUCCACGACGACGACGACGACGACGCAAGAACAGGUCACAGAAAUGACGACUGUGGCCAAUCGUAUUAGUCGUUCGAAUCAAGAUCAAGUCGACGAGGAUUCAUAUGACGAGGAAGGGGACGACGUGGAAUAUCGAGAAGAUAACAAUCAGAAUAUUGAAGACUGGGAAGCAGUAAGUAAUACCACACAUGACGACAGGAGGAGCGAUACGUUGAAAUAUGGUACUUGUUCAGGUAAAUUAGUGUAUCAGCAUAAUCUAAUUAUCGCUGUGCACAAAUCGUUACUAUCCGAGGUGGACUUGACGACAUCGGUGGAGGGACCAUAUUGCGUCACGUGCAUCAGAGUGGUGCCAUUGAACAAUAACCGUGGCGAGGUAACCUGGGAAGCGAAUCGCAGACAGGACGGCAGCUUCAGCACCGUGAAGCUUAGAGUCAAAGGCAUAAACGAGGGGGAAUUAUCAUUGUCCGUGAAGGUGUGGGCCGUCAACAAAGUGUUUAACACUUGCGUCUGA